UACACAGGAUAUGGCAAUAUCACACCGCGAACCGCAACUGGUCAAAUAGUCACCAUUGUCUAUGCUCUAUUUGGAAUACCCUUAACAGUUCUCACCCUAAAGUCCAUCGGUGGAGGGUACAACAACAUGAUCAAAUGCCUCAUCAGGAGGAUUGAAAACUGUAACCGCCGAGGAAUGCCAACUGAUAUAAGGAACUUAGAGCUCAAGGUUCUCUUGCUCAAUUUUCUUCUCUUAGCCAUUAUUAUCCUCUCCUCAGCUGCAGGGUCUUUGCAAGAGGACUCAUGGAACAUUCGGCAAGGCAUUUAUGCGUGGUUUAUCACCUUGACCACGGUGGGCUUUGGAGACUUCGUUCCCAAAAGGAUGAUUGCAGGGGGUCAACCUAAUGGUCUCAUUAUCCCUGGUUUGUGUUUCAUGUCAGGCGUUGUGGAUGCGAUGGUGGAAUAUCUUUACAAGGGAGAUGUCAAGGUUUCAUGCUGCCCCGGUUCGGGCCCUUGUACUAAUAACACGACUCGUUCAUCAAACAGCGAGAACGAGAUUGAAACUGUCGACACUCAGAAUCACUCAUUAAAUAAUUUGGGAUUCGAGGCGGCUGCCACACAAAAAGAGGCGAUAAGUUCCUGUCAAGAUACGACGCUGUAAAGAAAGAAAAUGAGAACAUCAUGCAAUUCAAACUUGCAUGUUUGUCGUGUUUGUGUCUAAAUUGUUAAAUUCUAUUUUCCUUGAUGACAAUCUUUUAGUGAAAACUUUUUAACCUUGUCGCCGUCACAUAUACAUUAUUCUCUCAUCUUUUGGUACCAUUUAAGGUUAAGCUAUGUUCUUUUAAAUACUCUUUAAGGUGGGUUUAGAGAAAGAUUUAAAAGAAGAAAACAGCAAACAGCAAACAAAUAUUAACAGUAAAUGAAUGCGGCAAAUUUCAUUAUUUAUUAUUUGUAAAAGUAGGCUGUUUUGAACCUACCGUAGACAAACGUUUUUGUAGAAACAUGAUUGUGCUAUUAUUUAUCUAGCCCAUCACAGGGUGAUUUUUUUUAAUAGUCGCACCGCAAUUCUUUUUCUGACGCUGUGAAGUGGUUUUCAUCCUUAUGGCAAGUACUGGCUUGGAACUUUCCCUGUGACUCAUCUUGUGCUUUUGGUUAUGGCUGCAUUGAAAGCUCCAUUGGUAGUUUUUUUGGUAACAAAUAACUUAAGUCUGUAAAUGACCUGCUUUCCCUGCAGUAUAAUUUCCCAGUUUGCAUAAUCUUUAAUCUUCUGUAAUGCCGUGGUCGUCGAUCGAAGUCUAUUAAGUUGAAGCGGCCUGGAUGGUUUCCAAUGAAAGCUGCAUAAUAUUAGAAGGGUUUUAUGUGUAACUGAGGUUUGACUUUGCUGUCAGACAGGUAACAAAAUACAAGUGUUAUCUUA